CGAAGUUCGGAGUGUUGCAUUGUACCAGGAAAUUCUCACGGGUUUUUGUGUUCCGGUCCGAUUUGUUCCGUUAGUUCGAAGUGUUUGCACCGGUUACUUGUUCCGGUCGGUUGAUUGCGGUAGUGAAUAGUGUUUCAGGAAACAUUUUUCGAUUAAGGAUUCGGUAGAAAACAACCAGUCAAGAUGAUGUCCUUACCGGGAAGUAUCGCCUUCGACGAGUACGGGAGGCCUUUCAUUAUCCUCCGGGAUCAGGAAAACCAAAAACGGCUGACCGGCAAUGAGGCAAUUAAGAGCCACAUCCUAGCGGCGAAGCAGUUAGCUUCAACGAUUCGAACCUCGCUUGGACCGAAGGGGUUGGAUAAAAUGAUGGUCAGCGGAGAUGGAGAAGUGACCGUAACCAACGAUGGUGCUACUAUUCUAAAACUGAUGGAUGUAGACCAUGAAAUCGGAAAACUUAUGGUUCAAUUGAGUCAGUCGCAGGACGACGAAAUUGGUGACGGAACGACCGGAGUCGUAGUGCUGGCCGGAGCCCUGCUGGAACAAGCCGAGUCGCUUCUGGAUCGCGGAAUCCACCCGAUUCGAAUUGCCGAUGGGUUUGAAUUGGCAGCCCAGUGUGCCAGUAAGCAUUUGGAUUCAAUUGCCGAACCUUUUCCUAUUUCUCGCGAAAAUAAGGAACCGUUAAUCGAGGUGGCAAUGACCACUUUGGGUAGCAAAAUUGUUAACAAGUGUCACCGUCAGAUGGCCGAAAUUGCAGUCGAUGCAGUGUUAACGGUGGCUGAUCUUGAGAAGAAGGAUGUUAACUUUGAAUUGAUCAAAUUGGAGUGCAAGGUUGGUGGUCGCAUGGAAGACACUUGUCUAGUAAAAGGUGUGGUUGUUGACAAAACCAUGUCACACUCGCAAAUGCCGAAAACAUUGCGAGAUGUGAAGCUGGCGGUUCUAACCUGCCCGUUCGAACCCCCGAAGCCAAAGACCAAGCAUAAGCUGGAUGUCACCUCGGCCGAAGAUUACCGCAAGCUGCGCGAAUAUGAGCAGGAGAAAUUUUUGCAGAUGGUCAAGCAGGUGAAAGAUGCCGGUGCUACACUGGCCAUUUGCCAGUGGGGAUUCGAUGACGAAGCGAACCAUUUACUGCUGCAGCAGGAACUGCCAGCAGUUCGCUGGGUUGGAGGUCCUGAAAUCGAGUUGAUUGCAAUUGCCACUGGUGGAAGAAUUGUACCGCGGUUUGAAGAACUAACCGCUGACAAGCUGGGAUAUGCUGGUCUGGUCCGAGAAUUAAGCUUCGGAACCACCAAGGAUAAAAUGCUGGUAAUCGAAGAGUGUAAGAAUACACGCGCCGUUACAAUUCUGAUCCGCGGUGGUAAUCAAAUGGUGACUGCUGAAGCCAAACGCUCGAUCCAUGAUGCACUCUGCGUAGUGCGUUCAUUGAUUCAGGACUCGCGUAUCGUCUAUGGUGGUGGAGCAGCCGAAAUUAGCUGCUCUCUUGCAGUAGCUCGUGAAGCUGAUCAGCUAUCUACGUUGGAACAGUAUGCUUUCCGUUCCUUUAGCGUGGCACUGGAGUCGAUUCCGCUGGCGUUGGCCGAAAACAGUGGUUUGCUAUCGAUCGAGACACUGUCCGAGCUGAAGUCCCGCCAAGUGGCAGAGAACUCGGCUACCCUGGGUGUAGACUGUAUGCUGACAGGCAAUUCUGACAUGAAGCAACAUCACGUGAUCGAAUCGCUGCACUCGAAAAAGCAGCAAAUCAUUUUAGCCACCCAGUUGGUUAAGAUGAUUCUGAAGAUCGACGACGUCAGAACGCCGGCCGAUAAGUAAUUACACCGCUUUCAAAAGUGUAUUCCAUGUUUUCAUAAUAAUUUAAGCUUCCGAUCUUGAUUCGCGGUUAGUUUUUCAUGUAGGCGGAUACGCUAAGUAAUCAUUUCAUCACUUUUUCAUGUGACUAAGCUAACGAAAACUUGAAAAAUAACUCAUAAAAGGUACACACGAGAAGCGUUUAACCUACGGUUAGGAUUUCGUGGCUAGGAAGUUCAGUUUGAAAUAAACUGCUUGCUUUUCUUGCUGCAAAUCUAAGCCACCUACUUUUAGCACAUGCGUUUUACUCGUUUUCUAACAAUACACAACUCUGUAAAGAGAAAUAAACUACU